AUGAGAGACACUGCAUUUAGUUCAUCACCAUUUGAAAAACCAAACAAAUUAACUAGUGGUUUAUUUAGAGAUUGUCAGAGGUUUAUACCUAGACGUAAGUUUACUGAAGAAAAUCAAGAAAAUGCAACUGUAUUUGCAAAAUUAAGAAGGGCUGGUUUAGAAAAGAAAAAGGCUCUUAAAUAUUGUUAAGCCUAGCAUUGCAAAUUGGAUGCUACUUAAGGUGACUUUGGCCCACCUGGUUUCAAAAUAUUCAAAUAAAAUUAUGAUCCAAUAAAACAAUAUAAAGGAUGGUAAUUAGAUGGGAAAAUCAAAUUAAAAGAUUAAUGUGAAUAUGAAAGAAUAAGUAAAGAUAUUAAUUUAGGCUUGAGAUAAUAACCCAAUGAAGAUUUGUACUAAUUGUAUAAUAGACUAGCAGAGACUCAUCGUAACACAGAAGAAAGAUGCAAUUUUACUGAUCUUUCAAGAUAAGAGUUAAUAAUGAAAUUGAGAUCAUUGACAAGAGAUGACAAUAGGAAAUACAACACUCCAAUUUACUAAUUGAGAAGACAUAAUGAAAUUUAUUAUGAAUUAGCAGAUUAUUUUGAAAAAUAAUAGCCUCCUUAAAUUAAAUCUUUAGUUACAGAAUUAGAAGCGUUUGAUGACAUUGUUCCUAGAAAAUAAUUAAAGUAAUUUUAUUUGGAAUAAAAAUCUACUGGAAACAAAAAAAAGAACUUAGGUCAAGAGGUUAGUGAGAAAAUGUAACGACGUUCAAGAAUUCUCAUGGAGUUGACUGCCUUAUUUUCUCCUGUAAAGUCUGAUAGUUUGAAUAGAAGAUCUUUCUUUACUAAAUAGGAUUAAAUGUGGUAAGUUCAGAAUGAUUCAGCAAUUACGAGUCUAUUAGAUAUGGAUGAAUGCAAUAUUAGUAGAAAUGCUGAAAGAAAUAGCAUUUUCUUCUAUCGUUUUGCCAAAGUCAAAUAAUCAGAGGAACAAGAAAAAAUAAAUCAAUUCUAAGACUCUUUAAAGAAAGUAAUUAAAAAAAAUAUUGAAAACAUCAAUUACUCCAAAAAAAAAAAUAGAUUCUUCGAUUGA